GUUUAUUGUUAGCCACUGCUUGCAUUGUUCAACGUUAGAGAAAACUCUCUGGUGUCAGUGAGCUGGUAAAAUCAUGAAGUUGGAACUUCUUCUAUUGCUGGUUUCGUUUAGUUUUAUCAAUGCCCAAGAAGAUACAUGGAAAUGUGAAGAGAAAAGUGAUAUAACUUUUGUAUUGGACAGAUCAGGGAGCAUUAAUCCUGGUGAUUAUCUACAAAUGCAAAAAUUUUUGAAAGUUGUUUCUAACAAACUACAAAUCGGUGUAAGGAAUGACGCGGGUCAGGUAAUAGGUCAAGGAGGUAUGGUUACCUUCAGUGAAACGGCUGAAGUUGAGAUUCUUUUAAGUUCCAGCGCAGCACGUGGAGCAUUUGAUAGAGCGGUUGACGCACUGGAAGGUCCUUUACCAGGAGGUCGUACAAACACACAUUUAGGCCUAGAUUUAGCGGACAAAACUGUGGUUCAACAAUCGAACGGAUAUCGAGGAGAUGACGAUGAAGUAAAUCAUAUACUAAUGGUGAUAACAGACGGAGAACAAACAAAAGGAAGGGGUUACGUUGCCGUUAAAGAGGCUAUUAAACCUUUCUUUGACAGGAAUAUGGAAGUAUUUGCGGUCGGUGUAGGAUUGGAUAAAGAUGAGGCUAAACAGGAAAUCUAUGAUAUGGUUAGGCCGGAAAAGCGAAGUACAAAUGCAAUCUUCCCCACCAGUUAUACUGACUUAAUAAAUCAAGUGAAUGAUAUCGUCCGGAGAUUUUGCCCAGUCCCUCCAAUCUGUGGCACUGAUAAAGAUGACUGUCAUCCAACACUAGCAACUUGCACUGACACUGAUCCCGGAGUAUAUGAGUGUAACUGCAUCGACGGAUAUGUUGGAGAUGGAAAGACUUGUGCUUUCCCUCCAAUCUGUGGCACUGAUAAAGAUGACUGUCAUCCGACACUAGCAACUUGCACUGACACUGAUCCCGGAGUAUAUGAGUGUAACUGCAUCGACGGAUAUGUUGGAGAUGGAAAGACUUGUGCUUUGGAACGCAUAUGUGGUACGGAACUCGAUGACUGUGACCCUGACGCCACGUGCAGAGACACAGCACCAGGAAAAUAUACUUGUACAUGUAACGAGGGGUUUACUGGUGACGGAAAAUCCUGUGAUGCAAUUAUAAACAUUCUUAAAGGCCCGAAAGGUAACCGGGGUGAGAGAGGAGAAACGGGUGAACCUGGGGCAGAUGGACGUGAUGGUGCUGGCGGAAGCGGUGGACCAACGGGUCGUCGUGGUCGAAAAGGUAUGGACGGAAGAGAAGGUAACCCAGGACCUUAUGGUGAAAGUGGUCCCGCAGGACAACCUGGAGGCUUGGUACUUUCAUUUGCAGCUGGUUAUCUUGAUCGAGGGCGAAGCCCAGAUGAGGCACCGAAAGGACCAGUAGAACGAGUUGUAAUUAACCUGGGUGAUAGGCAAGUUGGUCCUCGUGGGCCAAGAGGAAGAACAGGCCCCCAGGGGGCGAUUGGUUCACCUGGUUCCCAAGGAUCUCAAGGAGCUCGAGCUGCAAGGGGUCCUCAUGGUCCAAUGGGGAAACCUGGAGCUCCUGGUCCUGAUGGAAAAGAGGGCAAUUCUGGUUCAAAUGGUCAUCGUGGACGUCCAGGUGCCCGUGGAGAUGCGGGCGAACGUGGUGAACGAGGUGAGACGGGGAAACGUGGUUUCUUCGGACGCACGGGAUACUCCGGUGACGUUGGAAGAAUGGGUGUAUCUGGGCUCACAGGUGAAAAGGGUGCAACUGGAUCCGUUGGAAAACGUGGUUUAAGCGGAAGAAAGGGUAGUAUUGGUAGACAAGGAACGUCAGGUUUAUCAGGAGAAAGAGGUAGAAUUGGAUUAACGGGCGGACGAGGAGAUCAAGGAUCAACUGGAUCUAAGGGUUUAAUUGGCUCACCUGGAAAGGAUGGUCAUCCAGGAUUUAUUGGACCAAAGGGCUAUGUUGGUGCUCGAGGUAGUAUUGGAGACACAGGAUUAACCGGAGAAACUGGUGACCAGGGUGAACAAGGACCACAGGGAGAAUCUGGGCAGAAUGGUCGUGAUGGAGAAGCGGGUUCUCCCGGAAAGAAAGGAGAGCUGGGUGAUCCUGGAAGUUUUGGUACUAUUGGAGGAGUUGCAACACAAGGUGAAGAUGGAUCACCUGGUAUACCUGGUAUUCCUGGAGCUCCUGGGCCUAAGGGAGAACCUGGUGAACCUGGUGAUAAAGGAGAGGUUGGCGAUCAAGGGCCUGUCGGCGAUCCUGGUGUAAAUGGACUUCCAGGUGAAGAGGGAAAUGAAGGUUCACGAGGCAAGCAAGGCGCUCCCGGGGUCCAAGGUUCAGUUGGAAGAAAUGGUGUGAAGGGUCCUGCUGGUGAGCGAGGAAGUUCUGGGCCGGACGGAGAUUCUGGUAAUGAGGGUGAAGAAGGAAGCAGAGGAGCUCCUGGACAGGACGGGGAACCUGGAAGAGUUGGAGAGGAUGGCUAUCGUGGAGAAAGCGGAAAACGAGGAGAGCCAGGUGCCGCUGGCCGUCAAGGAGCAACAGGUCCUGAUGGGGUUCCAGGCCAAACUGGUGAAACUGGCGAUGAAGGAUUCCAAGGCGUUCGCGGUGAUAUGGGUGAACAAGGUCUUUCUGGGGUUCAAGGACAAUACGGCGCCAGAGGAAAAGACGGUGAAGAUGGAGCGGAAGGUGAAGCUGGGGAGCAAGGAGAACAAGGAGCCGCUGGAGGUCCUGGACGUGAUGGCGAGGAUGGCAAUGAAGGAAACACUGGAGUAGAGGGUGAACAAGGUGAACGAGGAGUACAAGGUGAUGAUGGAGUUUCUGGUCAAGACGGUGAAGAUGGUGCUCGGGGAGAUCCAGGAAGAGAUGGUGGAGAUGGAGAUAAGGGAAUGGUUGGUGAUGUUGGUGCGGAAGGGAGUGUUGGUGAAACGGGACCCAAAGGAGAAGUUGGUUCUCCCGGACCUGAUGGAGAGAAGGGACAAAAAGGAAUGAAGGGAAGUGCUGGUGAUUCAGGAGCUGAUGGAGCACCGGGAAUGGCUGGUCCUGCGGGUGCAGAUGGGGAUUCCGGGGAUGCUGGAUCGCAAGGAAGUCAGGGUGAUCAGGGAAGACCUGGCCAGCCUGGAGCAAAUGGAAAAACGGGAAACCGUGGUGCCAAGGGUGAAAAUGGAAGGUCUGGCAAAAAUGGAAGAAAUGGACAGCAAGGGGCAGCUGGGGAUCCUGGGGCAGCUGGACCAAACGGAAAACGUGGUGCUCAAGGUGAUCAAGGGCCUGUUGGAGCACGUGGAAAAACUGGAGCGGCCGGCCCAGAUGGGCAAGCUGGACCAGCUGGUCAAGCCGGAGCUGUGGGUAGACGCGGUAUGCAAGGUAAUGCUGGUGAUGUUGGAGAACCUGGAGAACAAGGACCUUCGGGUGCAGUUGGAUCCUCUGGAGCUGUAGGAGCAGCUGGUGAAAGAGGAAAAAAGGGUCAAGCAGGAUCCGCUGGAGAAAAGGGUGCCCGAGGAGAUGUCGGAAACAUGGGAGAUGUUGGUCCGCAAGGCGACGUAGGACCAGUCGGUGCGGAUGGCGCAAAGGGGGGUCAGGGUAAAACUGGAGAUACUGGAGCAGCAGGAGCUGAUGGUGAUAAGGGAAUGAAAGGAGAUAAAGGUUUCGACGGUGAUAUUGGCGAGAAAGGCCCUCAAGGUCUACCUGGAUUACCUGGCGUAGGAGGUCCGGGAGGUGAUUUGGGAGCUGCUGGUCCGCCUGGUUUUGCCGGUGAAACAGGGGCAGACGGAGGAAGAGGCGAACCGGGAGAUGCAGGUGAGGUUGGAGCUCAAGGUCCCCCUGGACCCCCAGGAGAACAGGGUGCGAAAGGCGAAGACGGUUCGGAUGGUAAAGAUGGUGCAAGUGGCGAACAGGGUCCUGCUGGUGGCAAAGGAUACGCUGGAUCACCGGGUGGUUACGGAAAAAGGGGUGUAACUGGAGUUACAGGCAGGAAAGGUGACCUUGGUGCUGCAGGAGAGAGGGGUUUAACGGGCGACGUUGGAGUACAAGGAGUGACCGGAAACCCUGGUGUUGCUGGACCACGUGGAGCAAAAGGUCUCGAAGGAGCGAAAGGAGAACUAGGAAUUGAGGGUGCAGUUGGUUCUGUCGGUGAAGCAGGUGUAGAUGGAGCGACAGGACUCAAAGGAAUGAAAGGAGUACAGGGAGAAAGAGGUGCCCGAGGAACAUCUGGUGAAAAGGGAAGCAAAGGAGAAAUGGGUGGCAUUGGGGCAGGUGGUGGUUCCGGUUCACUGGGAGCAAAAGGUGAACCUGGUGGAGCCGGAUUACCUGGCUUGAAAGGACCUCAAGGUGAUCCUGGUAAACUUGGUGAUUCUGGAGGUAUAGGAGGAAUAGGAAAACAGGGAAGUGAUGGCAAUCGAGGAGCGGGCGGUCCAAUAGGUGAUCGUGGUCCAAAGGGACCAAGUGGAGGUGCUGGACCACCUGGUCCACCUGGACCACCAGGAACAUCUGCUCAAUCUGGUGUAGCAGGGGCUGGUCAAUUCGCGGAGACGUUUGCUUCUAAAGGACCUGAACGCCAACCUGACUAUUACCGCACCCGAAUGGAGGAAUUACUUCAUCAAGUUGAAGAAAAUACAAUUUCUGUUGACAAUAGUUUAAAGGUGGAACCUCUUCGUUCUAUAACAUCGGCACUAAGAGAUAUUGAUCUUCUGAAACAUCCUGAUGGAAGCAAAAAACAUCCUGCGUCGACGUGCCGAGAUCUCCACAUGUCUCACCCAACAUUAGAAAAUGGCAAUUAUUGGAUUGAUCCAAAUGGCGGAGUUCCCAACGAUGCCGUAUUAGCGCAUUGUCAAUUCGAGAGCCUAUCAACUUGUGUAUUACCCAACAAUCUCGAGGUUGAGAAGAAGAGCUGGUACUUCGGCAAAGAUCGUUAUCUCUGGUUCUCAGAAGAACUAAAAAAAACGAAAAAGAUACAAUACAUUGCGGAUGGAAAUCAAAUUCGUUUCCUGCAAAUGUUCUCAGCCAAAGGAUGGCAGAACAUUACUUACCAUUGUCGUGACUCAGCCGCCUGGAGUGAUGAAAAUAAUAGCAAAACCAAAUCAAUCAAAUUACGUGGAGAUAACGGAAUGGAAUAUCAUGCCUUAAGUGCCAAGAAAUUCAGACCAGUUGUUGUCAAAGAUGAAUGUAAUAAAAAAGACGGUCAAUGGCACGAAACAACAAUUCAAGUAUACACAACUAAUACAGCACGAUUACCUAUUCGCGACGUUGCUGUUUUUGAUGUUGGCGGUAAAAACGAAGAAUUUGGAAUUGAAUUUAGCGCAGUUUGCUUCUCUUGAAGUUAGCGCUAUAGAUAUGGACUAUUAUACCUUGGUACAGUAUAGAGAAUUUCAAUUUACGAUUCUAGAACAUCAUAAGUAAUAAAUGACUUCAUCCAUUA